AACUUCUGCCUCGACUGGUGCAAACAGCCGGACGUUGGACUCCCAAAGCCAGAUCUGAUUCUGUUUCUUCAGUUAAGCCCCGAGGAAGCAGCGAAACGAGGAAACUUUGGAAAUGAACGUUAUGAGAACAGCUCCUUCCAAAAGAAAGUUCUACAGUCCUUCUCUCAUCUGAUAAAGGACAAAACAUUAAACUGGAAGACAGUUGAUGCUUCAAAGAACAUAGAAGACUUGCAUAGAGAAAUCAAGUCUCUUGCAGAGGAAAUCAUGCAGGAGGUUCAGAACAAACCUUUGGGAGAACUCUGGAAAUAA